AUGGCCAAGAGACAUAAGCAUUUUGAAGGUCGAGGAAGAGGUGGAAGUAGAGGUCGAGGAAGAGGUCGAGGUGGAAGUAGAGGUCGAGGCAGGGGUGGAAGUAGAAGCAGAGGUGCAGGUAGAGGUGGGUUUGGUAGAUCUAGCAAUGAUGACAAUUGGAGAAAUUCUUCGAUUCCAUUUGGUGAUGGUGAUUUAGGGAAUUUCAAUUUUGCUGAUAUCGAUGUUCCUAGAGGGAGAAGGGUUUAUUAUUCACCAGAUGAUAUCGAAGAUUAUUAUUUUGGUAAGAGUGAAAAUAUGGAAUCCAUGAAAAUGGGUGGGUUGAGGCCAGGUCAUAAGAGAGAGGAUACUCCGAGAUCAUCUUCCUUUAGGGCAAGGCCGGUUCAAUUUAUAAAGGCAAAAGAUGUUUAUGACCCGUCUCAUGAUUUGAUAAUUAAACUGAGAUCAAAGAAUUUAGAGCAAGAGUCUCAGGAUGAAGAGCUAUCCCAAGGUGAUGCCGAAUCUGCAAGAGAAGAUUUCGAAUCUGGGACCGAGGAAGAAAUAGAGGAGGAGGAAGAGGUAUUGCCAGAAAUCGAACGAGAGGAAGUUGAAGAGGAAGAAGUUGAACCUGAAGAAGUUGAAGAGGAAGAAGUUGAACCUGAAGAAGUUGACUCGGAAGACGCUGAAUCGGAAGAAGUCGACGAUAAAGAUCUAUUCUUUAUCGAUGAAGAAGGCUAUAAUGAAGAUACACUACCGACUGUUCCAUCGGUUUCCAUAAGUGAAGAUUCAACUGUAAAGAAACCUCAAAAGACAAACUUAGAAUUUAAUGACAUUCUCACAGUCGGUAAAGUAGAAAUUAAUCUAGCACAUGAUGCUUCUGAUGACGGAGUUUUUGUAUCCAACGUCAAGAAAAAUUAUCAUCCAUUCAGCGGAUAUAUAUCACAAGUUAUGAAGAAUAUUCAAGUGUCAGAUGAAGAUGACGAUGAAGAUGACUAUGAAGACGAAGAAGAAGAUUUUCAAUCUGAUUUUAGUUACAAGUACGAGCAACAAACAACUAGCAAGGCUAUUUCUGCUGAUAUAGAAAAACUAUCAAUAUCGUCUGAAAAUUUAAAGAAUAGCAGUGAUAUCUCAAGGGAUAACUCUCCUGACAAUAAUGAAGAACAAGAAAGUAAAGAUCCUGAAUUUGGAUUUUUAGAAGAAGAUUUCGUUAUAAACACUUCUGAAGUUUCUGUGACAAAUAUAAGAAUUGGGUUUUCUGAAAACUCGUACUUCUUAAAAUGUUAUAGAUUAUUUGGGCAUUACGAAUCUAAAUGGAUUGACCAGGAAACAUUUCUGGAUUUAAUUUUAAAUGAUCUCGGCUUACCAGAACAUAGACUUAAUGCAUAUUUAACAUUUAUUAGAGAUUCGCUUAUACCGAAGGAGGAGCCACCAGAGCCUACUUAUUCAGAUAUACAUUUCUCAGAUACCAGUGAGGAAGAAAGUGACAAUGAUAGCGAAAUUGGUGAUGAUAUGAGAGAAGGGAUUGAAGACUUGAUUUCAUAUGCUACAAAGUUAGAGAAGGACAGAAACUUUGAAUUCGAAACAAAAUCAUUACAAACUGUGGGUAAAGGUAAGAAGAAAAAGCUUUUGGUUCAGGAAGAUAUGCAAUUGGAUGGUGUUAUUGCUAGUGAACUACAAGAUAAAUUCAGUACCAGACUAGAUAAUAAAGCGAAGAAAAGAAGAACGAAAGAAGAUUUUAUUGAUCAAGAGAAUGAGAAAUCAGAUGACUUAUUCAAAAAAUAUCCUUAUGGUUUACAUGUGUUAAAUAUUAAGGAAGAAUUUGAGCUGUUUAUUAGGAGAUCUGAUAAGGAAGCUCUUGUAUUCCCACCUUUGGAUCCACAUGGUAAUAAAACAAUUACAAAGUUUGCUAAAUUUUAUUUCAUGAAGACUAAUAAAAGGGGCCGUGGUAAUCAAACACAUAUCUUUGUUCAAAAAGUAAAGGCCACACGAUAUAAUGAACCGAAUUAUAAUAUCAUUGAUAAUCUGACGCGUCAACGUCCUAUCUUUAUGAGGCACGAUGUCAGCAAGCCAAGAAAUGAAUAUCAAAGGACAGAAAGGGUUAAAUUACCAAAGGGUAAAUUCCACGUUAAAGAAGGUGAAGUAGUUGGUCAAGAUGCUCCAGUCAUUGAUAGAAAUAACAUUGGUAGAAUUCUAUUAGAAAGACUUGGUUGGAGUGAAGGUGAAGGUCUUGGUAUUCAAGGUAAUAAAGGUAUUAGCGAACCGGUGUUCGCUGUUGUUAAAAAGAGUAAGACAGGUUUACGUCACGAGAGGAAAAAAAGAAUAGAGUGA